AUGGCCACGGACACAUUGACGAGGAGCUCGAUUUGUUUGAAGGGUUCCGCACAACUCGUGCAGGAGUUCUUCCAUUUUGGCCUCAAUAAUAUUCUCUAUCAACGUGGUAUCUAUCCGGCAGACUCGUUUCGACGUGAGAAAAAAUACGGCUUGACCCUGCUGGUUACUUCGGAUGAAAAGCUUUUGGAGUAUUUGAAACCACUUCUUCAACAAGUUCAAUACUGGCUAGAAAAGAAACAAUUGAAACGAUUGGUAAUGGUAAUAUCAGAGGUGCAAACCAAGGAAGUUCUAGAACGUUGGCAGUUCGAAAUUGAAACCGAUCCGGAUAUUCAAGAAGAAGGUGAAAACUCUACACGACAAAAGGAUGAGAAAAAGAUUAGACAGGAAAUGGCUGAUGUCAUAAGGCAAAUCACAGCUUCGGUGGCAUUCUUGCCGUUAUUGGAACAACGAUGUUCAUUCGAUGUGCUCAUUUAUACGGGUCGAAACACGGACACUCCAGCAGAUUGGACUGAGAGUGGUGCUUGCCACAUCGAGAAUGGACAACAAGUGCAAUUGAGAUCGUUCUCAACAGCCGUUCAUACUGUACACACCCAAGUCUCGUACAAAACCGAUGUCUAG